UAUGAUUUAAGACUACGGUAUGUUACGGUAUAUUUUUAAAGUGAGAUGGUAUAUGUUGGUAUAUUUCUUACCGAUAACUCCGCGGUCACACGGUCACACUCUCUCCGGCAGAAAUCACGAUGUCGACUGGAACACUUUACACCUAUCCCGAGAACUUCCGCGCGUACAAGGCGCUCAUUGCCGCCCAGUACUCUGGCGCAAAGGUGAAAGUGGCCGAUAACUUCAAGUUUGGUGAAACCAACAAAUCGGCAGAAUUUCUGAAGAAAUUCCCCAGUGGCAAGGUUCCAGCAUUUGAGACCGCUGAAGGUAAGUACCUAAGCGAGUCCAAUGCCAUUGCUUACUUCUUGGCCAACGAGCAACUGCGAGGUGGCAAGUGCCCCUUCGUUCAGGCUCAAGUGCAGCAAUGGAUCUCGUUUGCUGACAACGAAAUCGUGCCUGCCUCCUGCGCACUGGUGUUCCCCCUUCUGGGAAUCUUGCCCCAGCAGAAGAACACCACUGCCAAGCAGGACGUAGAAGGUGUCCUGGCCCAGCUCAACCAGAAACUGCUCAAUGUCACCUACCUAGCAGGCGAGCGCAUCACCCUUGCCGACAUCAUUGUUUUCAGCAGCCUGUUGCAUCUGUACGAGUACGUUCUGGAGCCGACUGCACGCGCUGCCUUCGGCAAUGUGAACCGUUGGUUCCUCACCAUCCUGAACCAGCCACAAGUGCAGGCUGUGGUCAAGGACUACAAGCUGUGCGAAAAGGCUUUGGUUUUCGACCCCAAGAAGUACGCCGAAUUCCAGGCUAAGCAAGGCGGUGGCAAGCCCCAGCAGCAGCAGAAGCCAAAGGACGAGAAGAAGCCCAAGGAGAAGAAGGAGGCUGCGCCCAAGAAGGCCGCCGAGGCCGAGGAAUUGGAUGCCGCCGAUGAGGCAUUGGCUCUGGAGCCCAAAUCCAAGGAUCCCUUCGAUGCCAUGCCCAAGGGCACCUUCAACUUUGACGACUUCAAGCGCGUCUACUCCAACGAGGAGGAGGCCAAGUCCAUCCCCUACUUCUUUGAGAAGUUCGACGCCGAGAACUACUCGAUCUGGUUCGGAGAAUACAAGUACAGCCAGGAGCUGUCCAAGGUGUUCAUGUCGUGCAAUCUCAUCACUGGCAUGUUCCAGCGCCUAGACAAGAUGCGCAAGCAGUCCUUCGCCUCCGUGUGCCUCUUCGGUGAGGACAACAACAGCACCAUCUCCGGUGUGUGGGUGUGGCGCGGACAGGAGCUGGCCUUCCCCCUGUCGCCCGACUGGCAGAUAGAUUACGAGACCUACGACUGGAAGAAAUUGGAUGCCAAGAGCGAGGAAACCAAGAAGCUCGUCACCCAGUACUUCUCCUGGUCCGGCACCGACAAGGAUGGCCGCAAAUUCAACCAGGGCAAGAUUUUCAAAUAAGCAUA